AUGGGCCCUUGCGGCGGCGGCGGCGGCAACGACAGAAAGAUAGGCAUGGUGGGCGAGGUGACACGCAUUGUCCAGGUCGCCGUCCGCCACUGCCGCGCCGUUGACGCCGUUGGCGUAACGUACAUGCGGAAAGACCGGGAGGAGUCGAACGAGACCGAGCUCUGGGGAGGGAAAGGCGGCAUGACCACGGUGUUCCGUCUGCAGCGGGACGAAUACCUCACGAGCGUGGAAGGCCACUACAGCCACUUCAAUGGCAACGUCGUCAUCAGGUUGCUCAAGUUCGUCAGCAACCUUCGCACCCACGGGCCGUACGGGAACGCGUGCGGCGUGCGGUUCUCGCUCCCAGCGGGCGCCGGCGGCAGGAUCGUCGGCUUCCAUGCGCCGUGUGACGACCAGUACCUCCACGCCAUUGGCACCUACGUCAAGAUGGACGACCGUGCAUCGUGA